AUGACGUCCACUGCUAACACAGAGGCAUCUGAAAGUGUAACAUAUCACCGUCACUGUGGUUCCCAUCGUUGUCCGAGGCACAGGCGAACGGACAGUGAAAGCCGCUUUUUGAACUAUAUCAUUGAUUCAGCUUCAUCCCCUUCUGGAGAAUUACUUGACGAGAUAAUCCGCGUCCAACUUGCACAGCCAUCCGAUAACAUUGUUUGGCCAGCAUUCGCCAGCGUUCCAAGCUUUUUUUCAGAGAUCAAGAACCAUGUAAGAUUAGUGUCAUCGUUCCGUCAAUAUGCGCAGCUAUCGAGUUAUUCAUGGGAUGUCAUCAACACAAUUGUCCUGAUAGUCUCCUCCGCAUCUUUCCUAUAUAUAGUAGUGACAGGUCAAGGCAAAGUUGUUCUACGACCUAUUCGCAGUGCUCCCUUUCGACGUUGUGAGCCCGUCAUACACCGGUUUUGCCGGAUUAAUCGCAAUUCAUGGUUAGAUUGUACCCUUUACCAGUAUAUGUUGUAUCCAGUAUUCGGCACCAGCAACUUCAUGGCCGUACGACUAAUAUACACCCUAGUGUUGUUUUGCUUCGCAUCGGCUAUAUUCCGCCAUCUACCUGCAUACGUAUCCGGCGAGCCAGUAGAACUGGAAGAUGUUGAACGUGCGGCGACCACAAAAAAGAAGAUGGUCUGUUUCGUGGCAUCAUGGCCUCUAGCUGCUCUAAUACCACAAAUUAUAUGCGCAUGGUGGGCUAAACGUAACCCUAUAGAGGUCGUCCCCCUCAGGACCUGUGAUCACAAGACGCAAUGUCUGGCGGUGAUAAAGGAUAGCAUAAUUAUGCGCGGGAUUCCCGCCAAUGGCCCGGGGAGUAACCCAGGGGCUCACAAUGGUAGCACUGAUCCUUCGGAGGCACGCAGCAAUGAAGGGUAUAAUAAGGCUACAACUGCAACUUUCAGAGGUUUGGAUGGAAAAAAGAUGAUUUUUGUGGUCGUCGGUAGCACGGAUGAUACGUCUUCCAGCGGCUAUACGCUACCACGAGAGCAAUCUUCGUCGAAAGGGCAGCGUGUUGCGACAUCUCCUCUUGAGUCGCCGAGGGAAGUUAUAUCUAGCGAUAUUAAGGUGUCAAAGUCGAUUGAUCUAAAGCGACCUUUGGCCGCAGGAGACAGCAACUCUAAGAAAGUUAAAGUGACCGGUUACGACGAACCGAAAUCGCAUAUAACUCACUCAGUCCCUAUAGAUGCAUCAUCGAGUGAUGAUUAUAUCAAGAAGGAAGAUGAGUUUAUGUUGAAACAGGAGCUUGAGAAAUCUAAGCUUCGUUUAAAAGAUGGUCGCGGCAAUGAGUUAGACCAUUUGCUGGCUUCAGAUGCAUCCAUCGGUUCGUCGACAGAUUUGUUUAAAGAUGCAGAAGUUGAUGUGUUACAUCAGUAUCUGGAGCAUUUGAAAGCUCGAUUGCACUUCUGCAAGGACAAUGCAUUGGCGUCCUUUCUAAGGGCACUGGAAACUAUCGUGAAAACACGACUUGCUGGUGACUUUUCAGCCGGUGAAGUAAGCGAAACAGUAUCAGCCAAGAUCGAUUCCAUCUUGUCUACAAAGAGCAUUAGCGAAUUAGAAGGUUACGAAGUCGAGAUAGAGAAAAAGCUUAACUCUGAUGGUGUAGUAGACACCAGUUUUUGGGAGCUAGCUCUUUCUAGGAUUCCAUUUUUCAAGGCUUGCUCUAUUGUGCAUGACUACAAAAAGGGGUUGACCACCGACGUAAACACAUCAAGUACACAUCUUCAAUCAACUACAACUACUGCGACAUCAUCGCCGAAGACAUUGACUGAUAAGAAGUAUGAGCGUUUUAUGCAAUCGCUUAAACUAGACAGUGACGAGCAUAUAGUACGGGAGCACGUGCCGUAUGGCUCUUCUACUGGCCCCAAGCCAUUCUUCGCUGCGCGAGUCACGCUGUCGUACGAUUGGAACACGUACAAUUUGAUCCACUACGAUGUCAAUAACCCUCCGCCAAAGAGCGUUCAGGGUUUCAAGUUCAGCAUAUUUUACAGUGGUUUGGAGGACCCUCGUUCAACUCCACAGUGGAAAUUAGUGAAGGACGGUACAAGCAAAGAUACGUGCCUGCUAGUUUUCAAGGGUGGCCGUCCGUAUGCGCCUAUAGCGUUCCGCAUACCUUCUAGAGAGUGGGACACCGAUCCUUCACGUGGUUUUAAGAAUUGCUUCAGUGAUGGAGUUCUUCAUUUAUGCGGCUCGAAUCCUUUGGAUCCAUCACUUCGCGAGUGUUACCUGUGGUACGCGGAUGCGCUUUUGACAAAGGAGGAGCAAAAUCAGUCUAUGUUUUCAUCCCCCGUUGAUGCUGGUUCCGAUGGCAGUUUACCUGCAGCGGAUAUUGUUUUGGAUAACGCCGAUUCACCGGAAUCUUGUGACGAAUCGUUGGCAUUUGAGAUCUUCCAAAUAGCAAGCGAUUGUUACGCCAAUUUCUUUAGACUUUGCACUCUUAAGGGCGCUGCACUAGAGAAAGAGGUAUUGGAUGCAUCGUACUGCUUUGUUAGGAUGGGUGACAUGUUCUACGCAAAUAACCAGUUUGAUGAGGCAGCAAAUGAGUAUGAACGUGCUAUUGAGAUGCGUAGGCGGUACACCCUGCCUGAGCGUCACGUGGCAUCACUUUAUUUGUCAUUUGCUCAAUGUCAGAUGUUUGGUGGACAACUUGGUGCCUCUCUGCGUACGUUCAUGGCAGCAAAGGAAAUUUUGAUGCGUCUGUUGGUUGGCAAUCUCUCUGAUGCGGAACGUCAACGUAUACGAGACACAAUUGAUGAUGUGGAAGCACAGCUGAAUGACUUACGCAAGAUGAUUGCCGCACAAUCAGAUACAACUGAACAAAAAGGUAGCCAAAGCAAUGCCGCUUCCUUAGUUCCUAAAACAACGGGUACUUUCGAUAAAAAGAAACUUGAUGCCGACUCAAAAUCUGCUGUUAUUAACGUUUCGGAAAAUGAUACUGGUGCCAAACGCCGUAUUGACAUUUCCAGAAUGUACAAGUGA